AUGGUGAGAUUUGGAAAAAGCGAUUCCAUCGAGGAACCAGGGGUCGUGCACAGAGGUGAAACUGGACAGCUCCCCAAGACACGCAAAAAUGAAAGCGUCAUUGCACGACUGCGACAUCGUUUACAUCAAAAACUUCUUUCCACAUUUCGCCUCUCCAGCAAGUCAAAGGAACCACAGCCGACUAGAACACCCUCACCUAUAUCAGAGGUGCUCUUCCCUCCAGCCGUGCCUUCACCUAUUGGAAAACCAUCAAACAUUGCGACGAGGAUGUACUCACUUCGAUCAAUUCUGGAACUUUCCAUAUUGCGCACUCCCGUCUCAAGAUUGAUCACUCCACCUCCCUCUACUAGUGACGAUCCACCUCCAGCAGAUGGACCGGAAAUACCAGAGAGCACAUCCAGCGCCGAAUCAAUCGCGAGCUGGGAUCGCGGGAUAACGCGAAAUCAUGAGCAAGACGCUAGCUCAAUGUCUAUCUGUUCGGAGGAUUCCAUCGCCGAAAGUUCGUCCCUGUCGGGAUGUAGCUAUCGAUUAGACAAUACGAUUCCAUUGUGUAGGGUCAUGUCAGCGCCUGUGCUAAAUUGUUUCGAUGAGAACACUGUCUAUGUAGAUGAAGAUUUGCGGCAGAAACGAAUCUGUCACUCCUGUUGA